AAAUCAUCUUGUUGUGUUUUAUGCUUCUCCUCUACAAUUUAUAUGUGUACAUGUAGAGACACAAACAUAAUGUGAAUAAGUUGUGGGUCGCCAUGAAUCACAUUUGUUGUUGUUGUUAAGAUUGUUUUAUUCAUCCUGCUACACUGCCAGCCUUUCGGACAAGCAUCCAUCCGAAGGCUGGUGAUGAAAUAAGAAAGAAAGCUGCCUAAUGAUUUUUGAGGGCUUUAAUUUCCCUUCUUGUUGAAUUUACGAUUUCUUGCGAUCAAGAAGGGAAAGGAGGCAGAAUCUUGUUUUUUUGACCCAGAAAUUAGGAUUUUCAAUUGAUUAGAUAUGAGUGUUGUUUCUGGGGUUGUUUCGAGGCAAGUUCUGCCGGUAUGUGGCAAUUUUUGUAUGUUCUGCCCCGCAUUGCGACCAAGGUCUAGGCAACCUGUCAAAAGGUACAAGAAGCUGAUUUCGGAUAUUUUCCCCCGUUCCCAGGAUCAAGAGCCAAAUGUACGGAUGAUUGGGAAGCUAUGCGACUAUGCUUCAAAAAAUCCUUUUCGCAUCCCCAAGAUCUCAGAAUUGCUGGAGCAACGGUUUUACAAGGAACUGAGAAAUGAAAAUUUUCGGUCGACAAAAAUUGUCAUGAUGAUCUACAGGAAGUUAUUAUUUUCUUGUAAGGAUGAACUGCCUUUAUUUGCUAAAAGCUUACUAAGUAUUAUGCAAACUCUUCUGGAUCAGAGAGGCCAGGAUGAAAUCCUUAUAUUAGGAUGUGAAACACUUUUCGACUUUGUAAAUAAUCAGAAAGAUGGAACUUAUAUGUUUAAUUUAGAGGUGUAUAUUCCAAAGCUCUGCGAACUAGCUCAAGAAAAUGGGGAUGAUGAAAGGGCACAUCAUCUGCGUGCCGCUGGACUGCAAGCCCUUUCUUCAAUGGUCUGUCUCAUGGGUAAACAUUCUACUAUAUCUGUGGAUUUUGAUGAUAUUGUCUCAAUAGUCUUGGAGAAUUAUGGAAGACCAAGUAAAGAGAUUCAUGAAGUUGGUAAAGAUGAAAACCAUGCUUCUCCAUCACCAGAGACCUUGACAAAGGUUCAUUCUUGGAGAAUGAUUUUAGAUGAUAAAGGAGAAUUAAGUGUGACAGAGGAAAAUGCCAAGAAUCCCUGCUUUUGGUCUAGGGUGUGCCUAAACAACAUGGCCAAGCUCGCCAAGGAAGCGACCACCAUGCGUCGAAUUCUGGAAUCUUUAUUCCGCUAUUUCGACGAUAACAAGCUCUGGUCCGGUGCAGACGGGCUUGCUUUACCCGUCCUUAAAGACUUGCAGUUCCUGGUAGAUGAUUCUGGUCACAAUACACACGUUCUGCUUUCGACAUUAAUCAAACAUCUUGAUAAUAAGAAUGUACAAAAACAACCUGAUAUGCAGCUAGAUAUUGUCAAGGUUACCAACUCCCUCACUCUCGGUACAAAGGUUCAGCCAUCUGUGGCUCUACUUGGUGCUAUAGGCGAUAUAAUAAGGCAUCUGCGCAGAAGCAUACAACUUUCAGCGGAUGACGCAAAUAUAGAUGUCAAUGCACUCAAAUGGAAUAGAAGUUUUGGAGAAGCAGUGGACAAGUGCUUGGUGGAGUUAUCUUUAAAGGUUGGAGAUGCAGGCCCAAUAUAUGAUAUUAUGGCAGGGACGUUGGAGAAUAUCUCACCUGUUACGGCUGGAGCACGGACAGCUCUUUCUGCAGUUUAUCGUACGGCUCAAAUCAUAGCCCCUCUGCCAAAUAUGUCAUAUCAAAACAAGGCAUUCCCUGAUGCCUUGUUUCACGAGUUACUCACAGCUAUGGUCCAUCCAGACCAUGAAACACGAGUUGGAGCUCACCGUGUAUUUUCAGUCAUCCUUGUGCCAUCUUCAGUGAGCCCCCUUUCACAAGAAUCAUUGGGAGAAUCAGCUAAUCAUGCAAGUUUGUCUAGAACACUCUCAAGAACUGUAUCAGUCUUUUCUUCUUCAGCUGCCCUCUUUGAAAAGCUGAAAAAUGAGAAGUCUUCGCCAAGGAGAUACCAUGCUCUGGAAAAUCAAGAAACUGUUUCUGGUGAGGGGGGACAAAAAAACAACAGUGGAUUGCUUGAAAGAAUUAGAUCAACUUAUAGUCGUGCGUAUAGCUCUAGUAAUCCAGAUGUUCUUUCAACACAAGAUGAAGGAUCGAGUGCUAAUUUAUAUAAAAAAGUGGAAGCCACCUCUUUAAGGCUGAGCAGCCACCAAAUUAUCCUCCUUUUUUCAUCAAUAUGGAUACAGUCAAUUUCCCCAGCAAAUGUACCCGAAAACUAUGAAGCUAUUGCUCACACGUACAGUUUGAUCUUGUUAUUCUCUCGGACCAAGAAUUCCAGCCGUGAGGUCCUAGUGCGCAGUUUUCAGCUUGCAUUUUCCUUACGCAGUGUUACUUUUUCUGAUGAAGGGAAACUACCACCAUCACGUCGUAGAUCUCUCUUUAUGCUAGCAACUUCUAUGAUUAUAUUUACAUCAAAGGCAUACAAUAUUUCUCCUCUUAUUCCCUGUGUCAAGGCUACAAUUACAAAUAAAAUGGUUGAUCCCUUUUUGUGUUUGGUUGAGGACUGCAAGUUAAAGGCAGUUGACAAUGAAUCUGGCCAUCGCAAGAUUAUAUAUGGAUCGGAUGAAGAUGAUAAUACUGCAUUGAAGUUUCUUUCGAAACUUGAAUUAACAGAGUCCCAGUCUAAGGAAUCCUUAGCUUCUCUGUUAGUGGAGACUUUGGAAAAUUUGUCAGAUUCUGAAACAUCAACCAUAAAAGAACAGCUGCUAAGUAUAUUUGUGCCUGAUGAUAUGUGCCCUCGGGAAACAUUCAGUAAUACCCAACAAAAAGCAUAUAAGGGCAAUUCUGACAAUCAAAAAUCAGAGGAAGAGGUUUCUCCUCACAUCUCAAUGGAUGAUUCUCUUCAGGAUUCAUUCAGAAGUGAUGAUAUAAAUGAUACAGAAAUGGCCAUGGAAUUGCCUGGCCUUUUAAGUGCCAAUCAACUUCUAGACUCUGUUUUGGAGACAGCACACCAAGUUGGUAUAUUAUCUGGAAGCACUGGAUUUGAUGUCCCUUAUAUGGAAAUGGCUAAUCAGUGUGAGGAACUAACAUCUGGGAAGCAGGAGAAGAUGUCCCACUUGAUGAACAUUCAAAUAGAAGAGCAAAUUUUGCCAAGCACAACCUCACAAAAUGGCUAUGAAGAAGAUAAGUCGGUGGCUCCGUAUUCUCAAAGUGACAUGGGCUAUCAAAUGGUUGGUUAUCCAUCCGCCAAUCAGAAUGAAGCUGCUUAUGGAGAACCAUUGAGACUACCCUCUUCAAGCCCAUACGACAACUUUUUGAAAGCAGCAGGAUGUUGAUACACAAGUGUGAUAAGUUACAUAAUCCCAUGAAUUCAUAUAGCGAGAAGUUCCCUUGAUCCCCGCGCUUUGGAUGUGGAAAUUCAUAAUUAUUUUUUGGUUGUCAUCCUGCAUAUGGAAUAUGGUGUGAAUAUGUGGUGGACUGAGCCAAGGAGUAAUCUGUCACCGUUAGAAAUUUUGGCAGUUGUAAGAUAUCUUUUUUUUUCCCCUAGAAUUUUGAGUGUAUGUAUUAGGUUUAUAUAUGUAGGCAAGUCUUAUUUUAGUUGAAUUGUGAUGGAAGGAAAUGCACAAGCUUUUAUAAGUGGGAGAAUUUGGUGUUUCCAAAACUUGGGUUUUUUGGGAUUACAUUUUUAAAAAAAAUGUGCAGAUAAUAUGUUGGACGCCGAGGCGCAUUUUAAGAAAUCAUUCUCCUGGA